AUGGGAAACACCGACGCUGCAUUUCUCGAGCAUUCUAGAUCGGCAGGGGUCGCUUUCGGCACUGAACCACUUCUGGAACUUCCAGACGGCCAAAUUGUCGACUUAGCCAACGGUUACAUUCCACUUCUGGCACAGUUUACAUUUGAAGACAAGGCGGCCAAAGGACUUCGGAAGCGCAAAGUUGGCGAAAAGCUGGAGCAGCCAGUCUACUUUACUGCUAUUGAGCUUGUGCGCGAUAACAAGAUCUUGUUGCUGUCAGGUGUGAGCGGCAGUGGGAAAACAACUUUUGGGAAGUAUCUCAGCUUCGCUUUAGCAACUGCGAGACUCAAAGAUCCACGGUCGUUGAUCCGCAAUGAAUUCGGCGACACAAGAGAAGAGGUCUGGGACGCAGGACAUACAUUGCCUUAUUAUUUCCCAGUUACAAGGCCCGAAUCUCUCCAGUCACUGGAAAACUCUGUCAUACCCAGACUAUUGGAAUCGGGAGCUCGAGAAAACGCCAACAUUGUGAUUGUGGUUGAUGCGAUUGACAAAGGAGGCAAUGAUGCUCUGCGGUUCAUCACCUCUGUGGUCGGACUGGUUCGCGCUCUGGACCACGUCAAAGUCCUUUUGCUCGGUGAAGCCGACACCUGUCACUCAUGGAAACUUCCCUCAGAUAUUGUUCGCUACGAUCUCUUACCGCUCCUAAAAACGCACAGAAAAGAGGCAGUGUCUCAUUUAUUGGGCUUUGAGGCUGCGCAAGCAGGUGUUGGAAUUGGUGAUGCUUCGGCGAAUGCAGGCUUGUUUGCGCUAGCACUUCGAUCUAGUCAUCCAGGGCAUCAAGCUGAAGAGCUUUUGGAUUCAUGGCUAUCAGUUCUUAAUCCUGAAAGAAGAGAGGCAGAGCUAGCUGCAUCGCGGAUCAAUGACGAUACUCUUAGUACACCAAGCUACGACAAACUAGGUGGCAGCGAUCCCGCUUUUCUGGCUUCAACGUCAGUGUCGACCUGUGGCAUUGUUCAGCAGCUGCUUUUCGCCAAACACCUAGCCACUUUACCUAUAGGCAGUGCAGUCAGCCUGUUUCUAAAAGAGCCUUGCUCUUCGAAGCAGAUUAUUUGCAGUUGUUUGACUCGCCUCAAUGCCAUAGGCAAGUCAAACGAUUUAAUCGAGGCACUUCUCAGUACAUCUGGCACCGAAGCCCAAAGAGCAGGUCUUCUUGUCGCCAAAUUUGUGCCGGAAAAUUCGAAAAUCAACGAAAGAAUCAUCAGUCUUAUGUUAGACAUCAUAACUGAAGGGAAACUACCUGCAGCGGAAAGAAAACAAGCCGGUCAUCUGCUUUCUCGCUUAGGGGAUCCUCGCGACCUCAAAAUACUCGCCGAAGUCCCCGCAGGAACCUUUACCAUGGGCUCCGGCAGCCAUCCCAACUCGCAACCUGUGGAACCUAUCCAGCUCCCUGCCUUUCGUAUUGGCGUUUAUCCGGUUAUAAAUAAGGAUUACCUGAGCUUUGUCCGGGCCACCGGCCGAGAUUGGUUCAGCCCAGAUGGCCAUAACCCGGCAACUUUGAAUGCACCUGCAACAGAUCUCACAUGGCACGAUGCAAGAGCAUACUGCGCGUGGCUAACAGCUCUUUGGCGUACGAACGGAAAGAUCUCUCCAAACGAAGAGGUUCGGCUCCCCACGGAGCCUGAAUGGGAACGCGCAUCGCGCGGAGACCAACAAAGUGUUGGCGAUGAUGAACUAGUGUACCCUUGGGGCACAGAUUGGAUUGAUGAUGCUAGCAACUCGGAAGAGACUGGUUUCAAUACUACAUGUGCUGUUGGACUUUUCCCUAAAGGUAUUUCGCCAUACGGCUGCCAUGAUAUGGCGGGCCAUGCUUGGGAAUGGUGUACAACCGCUUGGGGAGAUGAUAUGGCCGAGCCGAUCUACAAAUACCCCUGGCGAGAUGAUGGUCGAGAAUCAAUGGAUGCACCAGAGCAAAUUCGUCGUGUAUUGCGCGGAGGCUGUUUCUCAAGCCCGAAGAUUAAGGCCAACUGCACCUACCGUGGUAGUCUUGAGCCUGGCGGAUUCUGGCGUGGAAAUGGGUUUCGGGUUGUAGUGUCGAGAGUUGUACCAUGA